UAAAAGUAAAAGUCUUGAAAUAACUAUGAAUAGCAGAAGUUGUGAAAUAACUAUUGCUAAUAAAAGCUCUGAAAUAACUGAGAGCUCUGAAAUAACUAAUAUUAAAACAACUAGUAGAAAGUGUAAAAGAGUAGAAUCAUUG